AUGGUGCCCCGUAAGGCUACUGCCGCCAACAAGGCAGGAUCGAAGGACAAAGUCGUCAAACGCCCUGCACGCGGAUACCACAAGUUCAAGAACGGCUUGUUCAACGUCACGCCCAAGCGUAGUGAGAAGGAGCUCGUCAAGGUCAAUCAGCAGUCGCCGCUACUACGCUUGCCGCCCGAGAUCCGCAACAGGAUCUGGGAGUUUGCUCUUGGAGGCAUGGUCUAUCGGGUGAAAAACCCUGACAGCGAUCGUCAUCGCAAGCUAGCACCUUCACCAAAGCAGCCUGCUGGUAUCUCCCUUCUGAGAAUUGUUGUGCGCAUCUUUCAAUGCAAAUACGUAAAGAAGGCAUAUGAAGAUGAUCUUCGAGCAGUUCUCGAGGAAGCUGCGUCUGGGCCGGUCAACGUCAAGAUCGAGCAUACAAAUCGUCAUUGGCUUGAUUACGACACGUCUUUCUGGAAAGGCUCUGCGCAGGACACCAACUGA